AAACAAAGAGGGCAUCAAUUGAUUCAAUUGGUCUGAAAGCAAUUGCCAUACAUUUGUGUCUUAGAGCUAAUGGUCGGCAAAUCAGGACUUGUGUCGCGAGUGAUCACCGGUUGGCCACUGAGGAAGCGCUUCGGGUUUUACGCAUUCCUUCCCCUCUUCUUCUGUUGUGGAGCUGUUGUCGAGUAUCUUAUGAUACAUUUGGACAUCAAUUCUGUCAACUUCUACAAGAUUUACGGACAAAAGUUAUCACAACAAACACUUCAGCAACAAUUGAGGAAUCAAAAGCAACUCAAGGAAACGAUGACCAAAGAGGUGACCAAUAACUAUGUCUGGUCUUCGGGCACUUCAGGCACAGCCACCGCCGGACAGAUCACCAAUUGGUCCAACUGUCAGGUGAGCGGUGGUAACAGUCGACGUCCAAAACCGGUCUUCUUCUGGAACAAUGCAGAUGUGAUGAAAUGGUUGAAACGGCACUGCGAACAGUACUAUGGACUCUAUGGACACGCAUUCCUCGAGAACGAGAUCACCGGCCGAUCACUGGUCAGAAUCACUGAAUGCACACUCGAGCGGAUGGGCAUCAGUGACGCCACCCAUAGGGACGAUAUCUGCAGAAUUAUUCUUAAACUCAAACUCAAGAGCGAUAUAAUUGAGAUCAAAGACUUGGAGAAGAAGAGCGAAUCGGGUAUCGCGUCUUCGGUCACCACUGGAAUCAGUUAA